UGUGUGUCGGUGCUGCCGGCUGAUGGUGAGAGCUGUCCCCGGGACACCAGCGCCUUCCUGCUCACUACCACGGAGCGAAGCCACCUGCUGGCUGCACAGCAACGCCAGGAGUGGAUGGACCCCAUCUGCCAGCUGGCCUUCCCGGUGAGCACGAGGCAGGCGGGCAGGGACUCUGGGGGCUGGCCAGGGAGACCACCUCACCCGACCUGGUUCAUCUCCAUGCUCACUCAUAUCCUGUCACUCAGCAAGCACCUGCCAAGCCCCUACAAGCCUGGGAAACAGCGCAAGCCCACAUUACAAGUCUUAGAUGACCACACGUGCUUUGGAGAAAAUGAGAGGCUGGAUGGAACCAGAAGUGACGGGGGACGUUAGACAGGAUGGUCCAGGGAGGAGAGGGCACCUCAAGGACAAAUAACCCCCCAGGCAAAGAUCUGAAGACAGAGUGUCCUAGACCCAGGUCUGAGGGGUCUCCUAAACAGACGGAGCGGCAUGGGCAAGGGCUCUUUGACAGGGAAAAGCCUGGUGUUCAAGAGGCAGAAGGGCAAGUGUGGCUGGAGGAUAAAGGGGGCUGAUGCCAGGAAGAGGCAACAGCGGAGAGUUUGGUGGGAGCCCAGCUGAAACUGCCUUGGGCCGGAUGUAGAGUUUCUGGUUUUAUUCCAAGGGAGUAGAGAAACCUUUGGGGAGUUGGACCCAGAGACUGAGCUUCACAGGGUCUGUGAUGGACCAAAAGGAAAUGAAUGGCGGUUCCUCAAAAAUUAAACAUAGAGUUACCAUAUGACCCAGCAAUUCCACUCCUGGGGAUUUAUCCAGGAGAACUGAAACAGGUGUUCAAACAAAACUUGUACAGGAAUCUUCAGAGCAGCGUUAUUCACACUAGCCCAAAGAUGCAAACAACCCAAAUGUCCAUCAACUGAUGAAUGGAUAAACCAAAUGCGCUUUAUCCAUGCAACAGAACAUCACUUGCCCAUGAAAAGGAAUGAAGCAGUGACACAUGCCAUGACAUGGAUGGACAUCGAAAACAUGCUAAAUCAGAGAAUCCAGACGCUAAAGUCUUCACAUUGUAUGAUUCUAUUUACAUUAAAUAGCCAGAACAGACAAAUCCAUAGCAAUGGAAUGCAGGGCACAGGGGAGAGCUCCUCAGGAUCAGGGGAGGCGGAGGCUCCCAAGAGGGACCGGGUUCCCAUGGAGGAGAACUCCAUCUACUCCUCCUGGCAGGAAUUGGUCGAGUUUCCGGUGGUGGUGCAGAGGACUGAGGCCGCGGCCCGCUGCCAGCUGAAGGGGCCCUACCUCCUGCUGCUGGGCCAGGACUCCAUCCAGCUGAGAGAGCCCCCCAGCCCCCAGCCGCUCUACACCUGGCCCUACCGCUUCCUGCGCAAGUUCGGCUCCGACCAGGGCGUGUUCUCCUUUGAAGCCGGCCGCCGCUGCGACUCCGGCGAGGGCCUCUUCGCUUUCAGCAGCCCCCGCGCCCGCGACCUGUGCGGGGCCGUGGCUGCCGCCAUCGCCCGCCAGCGGGAGCGACUCCCGGAGCCGGCGGGGCCUCGUCCCUGCCCCCUUCCCAGGGCCACCUCCCUGCCCUCGCUGGAGCCGCCUGGGGAGCUGCGGGAGAUGCCUCCGGGGACCGAGGCGCCCGGCUUCCGGAGGGUGCGCGAGGCCGAGCCCGGGCCCCAGAGCCUGCCCCCACUACUGGGCCACGCGGCCGCCGACGAGCCGGUGCUCUAUGCCUCGGUGUGCAAGCGGGCGAGCGGGCCCCCGACCGCCGCCCACCACCUGUACGAGAACCUGUGCAUGCUGGACACCGGCGGCCCAGAGCAGGAGGCCCAGGGCAGCAGCAGCAUCCCCGCCAGCCCCAUCUACCACAACAGCCAGGACCCGGGUUGGCCCGGGCAGGCCCUCGACCCCAGCCUGGAGGCUCAGUACCGGAGGCUGCUGGAGCUGGAUCUGGCAGACCACAGCGAGGACGCCGGGGGCCUGGGCCAUCCUGGCCUCCACUCCGGCUUCAAAGCCAAGCUGGUGACCCUGCUGAGUCGUGAGCGGAAGAAGGGCCCGCCCCCCUGCGACCGGCCCUGACUGAGGCUUGGCUGUGGCAAGAGGAGAGAAGGGCACUAUCCCUCGAGUAGAGGGCGCACCCACAAUGGACAUCUGAGGACACACCCCCAACAUUCACUCUGGCCUGGGCCCCUAUGGCAAGGCAGGAAGCCGGGGGAGGACACCCUCACAUGCCCCGCAGGGCCCCCAGUGUAUAGUGUACAGAUUUGCUGAUAAUAAAACCUUUAGGUUCCCA